UAUUAAACCAAAGCAAUCUAGCAGCCUGAGCCCUCCUCUCUCCUCUUCCGCUUGCUCGCCGCAAUCGCAAUCGCACGCGCUAAAGCCCAGCUUCGCUCUCGCGCGCUUGCUCGAGAUCCAUGGCGGAGGAGGAGUUUGAUGAGGGGGAGAUGGAGGUGGCCGCCAUUCUCGUGGACCUGCCGUCGCUCGUGCUGGCUCGCGCGGGCCUGCGCCGCCGCCGCCAGCAGAAGUCGCCGCCGCCGCGGCUGGAGAUGGAGAUCCUCUCUUGGGGCCGGCGCAGGCCGAGGACCGCGCAUCCGGAGCCGGCGGCGACGGCGGAGGAGGAGGAGGAGGAGAAGCCCGCGGCGGUUGUCGCUGCUGCUGUUGCUGAUUCUGCUGCUGGCGAAGACAGGGGCGCAGGCGCCGCCAGCCCGGACACGCCUCUCGCCUUCCCCGAGCACACAGACGAAGAAGGAGCCCCGGCGGAGGAGACGAAGGAGCUUGCGCACAAGAAGUGGGUGCAGCAGCAGCGUGGCGUGGUCGCGAGCUUGUCCAGCGAGAACGCCCAUCUCUCCAAGCAAAUCGAGCAGUUCAAGGCGCGGCUGCUGGCAUCCAAGAGCACCAACGACAGCCUCAAGCAGCUGCAGCAACAGCAGCAGCAAACCAAGCAGCACAAGAAGCGGGAUCGGCCGGAGGAGGAAGAAGAAGCUGCGCGGAAGCAGAAGCGCGCCGCCGCCGGUGAGCGGCCGGCGCUGGGGCUGGACUUGAACGAGCCGGCGGCGGCGGAAGAAGCCGAGGACGGCAAGCCGCAGCCGCAGUGGCGCCACCGUGGGCAGCAGGAGCUGCUACAGAAGGCGGCGCUUUCGGCGGCGGCGCGGCGGCGGAGGCAGGACAUCCGGCGAGCCAAGGCGGCGGCGGGGGGCAGGGCGCGGGGGCGCCGAGGAUAAGGAUAGGGCGCGCGACUGGGCCACAAUGGCCGCCAGCGCCAAAGACCAGAUUUUUUUUGAGUUUCUUUCUUCUUUGGGUGUGCUAGUACUAGUAGUGGUGCCAGAUCGAUUGCGACAGCAUUCUGGUUGGAAUUUUGCUAGGCGAUUGAGCUUAAGAUCUCGAUGAUCUCCUGUGUUGCAUUGCAAUUUGCAAGAACAUUGUGACAGUAGCAGUAUACCAGCUAGUAGCAGUAUAGUGGUAGUAGUAGUAAUCCAGCUGCUAAGUUUGUACUAGUGGUAUCACCAGCUUGUUGGCAAUUAGCCAAGAUUAGUACUAGUAGUGCUACCAUAUUGUUGGCAAUUAGCCAAGAUUGAUUCAGCAAUGUUAUAGAAAUAGUAAGUAUUCAUUCAGAAAUGGAAUUGUGUUUUCAUUGUGGCUGGCAUAAUAAAGUGACUGGGUUAGUGUA